AUGGAAAAGUACGAACAUCUAAUUGGUGGCUUCACUGGAGGUAUAACAAGCACCAUUGCAUGCCAUCCGUUGGAUCUCCUCAGGAUACGGUAUUCCGCUAACGAUGGUAGCUGUCAACGUCCGCAAUACCGUAAUUAUUGGCAUGCUGCGCAAAGUAUUGUACAAUCCAGAGGGUAUAAAGGUUUGUAUCAAGGAUUAGCGCCUAAUCUGAUUGGAUCUGCUGUAUCUUGGGGACUUUAUUUCCAAUUUUACCACGUUAUCAAAAGUUUCUGCUGCGAGAGAACCAUUUCAACGGGAGCAGAAUCAGUGGAUAACGUCCUGCUGGGAAUGGUUACUGGAGUUGGUAUUUUAAUAUUCACUAAUCCUAUUUGGGUGGCAAAAACUCGAUUGUGCUUGCAGUAUGAAAAUGAAAGGACCAAGUACCGCGGACUCUUGAACUGUAUCUCUACAGUUUCUCGGGACGAAGGAAUUGCUGCAUUGUACAAGGGUUUCACGCCAGGACUCAUAGGAACUUUACAUGGUGCAAUUCAGUUUAUGCUUUACAAUCGUUUUAAGGAUAAUCGAUUGAAACAUUUAGGACUUCCUGCUGAUCAUACUUUGGGUAGUGUUGAUUGUUUGGUAUAUUCAGCUUUGUCCAAAGUAAUUUCCACGACAAUAACAUUUCCAUACCAGGUGCAGCGAACUCGGUUGCAGGAUCAUCAUGCGAAAUACAAUGGGAUAUGCGAUUUGAUAAGCAAAACGUAUAGGAUGGAAGGUCUGCGUGGCUUCUAUAAAGGCUUGCUUAUGGGCAAUUUGCGUCAGCUGCCAAACGUUAUUGUUACAUAUGUAACCUAUGAGAAUGUAAGGUACUUCGUUCGCCAUUUUUCUCAGUGA